AAGAAAGAUACGACACACGCAAUGACAAUGAAGAGACAAGUCCUUCCUCUCCUGCUGUUCCUUCUUCCGCACCAUGCCCAUAGUGGUAACACGUGCACAGAUUUUACCAGGGAACAAGAUACCCACAAGCGAUGGCCACAUGUUGGAGACCUCGAUAUGGAUGAUUCAAAGAAAAUUGGAACGAGCUUGGUUGCAUAUGAUUAUGGUGUAAUGUUGGAUUUUCCACCCGGUGUAGGUUCUUGUGGAGGAAAGUAUCCAAUUUGGAGGAAAGAGCUAAAGGGAACCACUGUCUCGGUGGUGUGUGUUCAAAACGAAACCGACACAUGUUCCACCACAUUCGAAGUUGACACAUUGAGGUGUUUCGAUUUUUUUGAACUCUACACGAUCAAGACCAAUGUUAGUCGGAGUGUCUUCUGCCUUGCACCUAACUACUGUAGGAGUACGCCAUGUGCAAAUAGAGGAAAAUGUAUUGCAGGCCGUGACGGUUUCACAUGCGCAUGUAAGACAGGAUUUACAGGUCGUACGUGUGAUGGCGAUCCUUGUACUGUUUCAACAAUGAUACCAGACAUAGAGAAAAGAGGGCCAUCUAACACCCACGCUGGACAAGUCAGAGAUUCGACCAGUCUAAAGGCUGGGUGGUACGACUCCUUCAAUGACACAAAAAUACUGACCCGGCCUGUUUUUGGUCCGGCAUGUGGGGACAGUUUUCCAUUUUGGCUCAAAGAGAUAAGAGGUGACAUGGCAGUGUUAUGUCUGUCUACGCCUUUGCUUGCAUGUUACGCAGCGUACAUGACUACACCGACCCAGAAUUGCAGCGACGGUAGACAAGUGUUCAGGUUCGCGAAACCCGACGGUCCAUUUUCGUACUGCUAUGAUGUAGAUGCAUGUGUCAACAAUCCCUGCCUGAAUAAUGGAACUUGUGAGGCGAAGAAGGGCGAGUUCACCUGUAGUUGUCAACAAGGUUACAGGGGACUUGAAUGUGAAACAGAAUGCAAACCAAAGGUACUGGACCUGCUCAUCAUAGAGGACAUUUCUACCUCUGUCAGACACAGUGAAUAUGAGAAAAUGAAGACCUUUGCGGUGGAUGCCAUCAGCAACAUACGCAUAAGCCCUGCCGGAACUAACGUGGCUUUCAUGGUUUUCUCGGGAAAAGCUGAAGUCGUAUUCCACUUAAAUACAUACCGUGACAACAAGGCAAGCGUCAUGGCAGCCAUCUAUUCCCAAACACACACAGGGGGGAGCACAUUCCUCGGAGAUGCCAUCCAACUAGCAACGUCUGAAGUCUUCACAGAAACCAAUGGCGAUCGGUCUGACGCCGAAAACGUGGUACUUCUCUUCACUGACGGGAAAACCAGCGCUGAUGAAGAUGUGCAAAGUAGCAUUGAUGAGUUGAAAGCUAUGGCGGAAGUGUUUGUGGUGACAGUCACCGCACAAUCGGACAACACUACCGUCGACAUCGUAGCUUCUUCACCAGCCCUGAGUCACGUGUUUCACAUCGAUGCUCCUGAAACUGCUAGCAGCAUCAAGAACGUCACCGCGGGCGAGAUAUGCGCAACGAUACCUCCUGCCUAACCAAAUAAAUAACUUGAAUAAAAUCGUGAGAUUUUAGAGCAAAGUUAUUCAAA